CCAUCCUGAACUACACAAGUUUUGCCACCGGUGCGGAUUGAUUAGAAAGUCGUCCAUCCUCUCAUUUCAAGCUAAAAAGAUCUCUAAUAACCUGUAAUAAUGAAUGUCGAACAUGAGGUCAAACUGCUGGUGGAGGAGAUUCAGCGACUUGGUACUAAGAAUGGCGACGGUCAAACCACUGUGAAAUUCGGCGUCUUGUUUAACGACGACCGCUGCGCCAACAUCUUCGAGGCCCUGGUGGGAACGCUGAAGGCCGCCAAGAGGAAGAAGUUGAUCAGCUUCGAGGGCGAGCUGCUCCUGCAGGGCGUCCACGACAACGUCGACAUCGUUCUGCUGCAGGAAUGAGAGGCCGCGUUGACGUCCCAGCGCCGCCUGCAGAUCUCGCCCAAACCUCUUGAGUACCGGAGCUUCUGCGCACAAACCUGUUAACGCCCCAGCGUCUGUUCUCAGUUUUCCCUUCUUCAUUCACAAGGCUCAGUAUUGGAACUGAAAUGCAAUAACUAUAAUAGAUCUUUACCCACCCAAUCGUUCUGCAUAUCAGCAUAGGAUCUUUGUUUUCCUGUUUCUCAUUCCAAGCCAUAUCGUCAUGGGUUUCAGUUUUGACAUUGCAUCUGGAAGCGGUGUUGCGUUCUCCUCAGGUGCUUUUAUCCACCACAGGCAUCAUUUUGCUUCUCAUAUAGGACAAACACCGAAAUCAGGAAUGUAAGGUUUUUGUACAACACAUUAAAUUGCACAUUUUGGUCUAUAUUUCAGUCGAUCUCAACAAGCUGCAGAUCUGUACAGCUUCACUGUCAGGAGCAAAAGACACAGAGCACAAGAUGUUAUUUCAACUGAAGCUCUUCUUGCUGUAAUCAGCAAAUCCUCCAUUUAGACUCCGAAGAGGCAGUUUGAUUUAAGAUCUCUUUGCUUGUGUGUCGUUUAACCUUAAUAUUUCUGCAUAGGAGUCCUGUGCAGCUGUGAGGUGAAGGGCAGUGUGCGUCCAUUAACAGCAUCACCAAACAGCACAUUCUUCUAUUGUUUACAUGAGCCAUUCCUACUACCUCCUGUGGACUUUUUAAUAAGAAUAGUGCUUUUGGAAAUUUAAUAACAAGCCCUUUUCACAGAAACUCUUGACUACAAUCACAGACCAAGUGCAUUUUGCUCUUUUUCUACUCAUCACAAAAUGCUUGAGUAGUUUUAAAUCCAUUGUUUUUCUAUAUGUAGUCACGAUUGUCUUUCAUGAACAAACUCCAAAAAUUGCCUUUUCAUAAGAAAUCUUUGAUGGCGAAUGUAUUCCUUGUGCAAUUUGUAUUAGUGUCUAAUUACAGGGUGAUUGUUGCCAAAUGUGGAAAGUAUGAAUUUGUGAAGAUGCUCAGGACCAAAUCAACAUAGCCAAAAUGUGUCUAGUUGUCCUGUUGAUGAAAUUAGUUGCACACAAUGUGCAUUUACGGUUUUAGUACUUUUUAAAAUGUCUAUUCAUUCUGUACCGUAGGUUCAACGAAACUUGCUGAUCAGGCAAAA